AUGUCUUCUUGUGAAUUUAGGCGUGAGAAAGGCUUGGAAACAAACCGUUAUGUUUCGUUGUACCACACAAACACCACAGGCAGAAAAUACCUAGCCGGUGGUGCCGGAUGCACAGCGGAACAGUCGGAGGCGCUGUUGAUCGAGUCGUCAGGUGAGGAUGACGACUCGUACACAAGUGAAGAUACAUUAAAGCUGGAGACGGAAGAGGUAAAGGGUGCUUCUAUGGAAACAUUCAAGCAACGGCGAUUUCUGACGUGCCUGUACGCUGGUGAUAAGCUGACUCUAAUGACUACCUCACUUGUGGACGUCAACCGCGGAAGAUUCGUUGCUGUGGGGUAA